UGUUGAAGGAUCUCAAGUAAUAUCUAGUCCUAAAUUGUUCAUAUUUUCAGAAUCUUUCAAGUCCAAAUCUCCUGAACCCAGAGCUGAGGUCCUCAAGUUGGAUAAUUGACGACCUCUGACCUCUGGACCUAGAUAAACCUAACCUGGACCUAAUCUCUGAUCUAGUAUGUCAAGCGAGGACCAUCCUCCAUGUUCGAGGCUGUUUGUUAGCAUCGGACCUAAUUUUACCGAAGACGAAGUCCGCGAAGCAUUCCAGCGCUAUGGAGAUAUUGAAUACCUUCAAAUCCCUAGGGAUAAGGUGAAGGGAGGGAAUCGUGGUUAUGUGUUUGUCAAGUAUAAGAAAACCUCCGAGGCUGCAGCUGCGGUGGAGGCUCUAAACAACUCCCAGCUUGGUGCAGAGAAGAAUAAUAUUCAUGUUGCUGUGGCGGGGGCAAGGAAGGAGGACGGAUCAUCAAACUCUGAUAUUAUUCCACAAAGGAUUAUUGUCAAGAUGCCAGAGUAUACAGAGAUUGAUGACAUUCGAUCCAUUUUCUCCACAUUUGGCAAUAUAGUCGACAUUACUCAUGCCAAGUCCGACAAUAAGAAAGCAAUCCUCAAGUUUUCCUGCUUUUCAGAAGCAGCACACUGUUUUGAAAACUGUAAAGCCAGUUAUUUUCCGCAUUUUGUUCUACCGAAAAAGAAGGAGAAGGUUGAAGGGGUCCAGGGAGGAGGAAACAUGGUUUCUUCAGGAUUCAGGAGCGGUAUGAACUCGGGAGCUAUGGCUCUAAGACCUGGAGCCCAGUAUGGUCAAUCCAACCUUCCUCAGUAUAACAACCAGUGCACCAAGGUUAGAGUGCUUUUCCAUCCGUCUCUGAGCAAGGAUAAUCUUUCCGGUAUCUUCAAUAUAAUCCCCGGGUUUGUAGACAUAGAGUUCCUGGAUAUGACGUCACAAGGAGCUAUGGGUGGCGCCACCUAUGACAACCCACAGUCUGCUGCCCAUGCCGUGGAAAGAAUAAACGGUCUAGAGUAUCCCCUGGGUUCAAAGCUUGAGGUUCAGUUUGCAACUGUGGCCAACAUGGCCACAGGCGUAGACAGCAAAGUCAGCACUCUUCUUAACACCAUAAAGGAGGCGACUAGUGCUCUAAAGGGAACUGGAUAUAAUAUAUCUGUAUCCGGGUUACCGGAUGAAACCCCGGGGUUUGGUUCCGGAUAUGGAUACGGAAAUGUGAGCAACUACGGGUAUAUGAAUGACAAGUUUGGAGGUGGAGGUAUGGGAGGUGGAGGUAUGGGAGGUGGAGGUAUGGGAGGUGGAGGUAUGGGAGGUGGAGGUAUGGGAGGUGGAGGUAUGGGAGGUGGAAGUAUGGGAGGUGGUGGUAUUGGAGGCAGUGGUAUGGGAGGCGGUUUCGGAAGUGGAUAUGGUGGUGUAGGAGACGCCGGAGGAGGAAAUACAUCCGCUGGCUACCCUCCACUCACUCCGCUGAGCCAGGAGGUAAACCAAAGAAGUUCUGUUCGACUUCCGCCACCCCAAGACGUUGUAACCCACGACGUCGACGUCAAACAAAGACUUUUCUUUGUCAUCCGAGAUUCAUAUGAUCAUCCUCAACCUGAAAUGAUCACGGACCUUUUCUGUAGAUUCGGAAACCUUGUCAACGCGCAUUGUCUCUCCGGGAAAAAGUGCGGAUACGCGCGGUAUUCUAGUAUUGAGAGCGCGGAGAAGUGUAUUAAGAUGUUGAACGGAGCAGGGUUCAGUGGUGGGUUCUUAAAGGUGGAGAAAGCCGAACCUGAGAAGUAUCAGAAGGAAUACAAGAAACGGAAAACAGAAUUGUACAAGUGUACUACAGAUUGUAAUCCAGUAGUUAAAUCUUCAAUACUGACUUUUGAUCCAGGAGAACAAUACACUGAACCAGAGACAGGAUACAGAGAACACUUUACAACUCUUGAAACCAUGGAUUACAGAAGAUCAAGUAGGUUUGACGAGCAGGGAGGAACCAGGCAUGAGGAACCCAGAUACUCCAGGUUGUUCAUCAUUGGGGGCAAGUCCUGUUCUGAAGAUGAGAUGAGACGUAUCUUCUCAGAGUUUGGAGAGGUUGAGUUCGUGAGCGUGAAAAAGGACAGGAACACCAUGGCGAACAAGGGGUUUGCCUACGUCAAGUUCAAGAAAACCUCUCAGGCUGCCAUUGCCUUGGAGGAGAUGAGUGGAAAGUGUAUUGGAACAGACACUAGACCCAUCAAGGUUGUUAUUGCAUCUGAGAGAACGGAGGGACCUAACGAAGAGAUCACUGCCACCAGGCUGUUCAUCAAAGUCCCCAAAACCAUGGAGAUUCCAGAUAUCAAGGAUGCAUUUUCUGCAUUCGGAUCUGUCGAGCAUGUGUCUCUGGUUCGUGACAAGGCUACAGGAAAUCCUAGAGGUUUGGCUUACGUCAACUACCAUAAGUUCUCUGAUGCUGCUACUGCCGUAGAAAAUGCUGACCGAAGUUUCCAGGCGCAGUUUGCUGAACCUAAAACUAAAACCAUUGUUGGCAAGGAUGCCCAUAUGGGAAACCGUCAUGAUAACAUGGGAAGCAUGAACAGUAUGGGAAGUAUGGGAGGUAUGGGAAGCAUGGGGGGUAUGGGAGGAGGAUAUGGAGAUAUGGGUGGGUAUCAGCAGGCUGCAUCACAGACGAUGAUGGGCAUGAUGCAGUAUCAACAGACUAUGAGCACCUCCUGCAGACUGAAGGUUCUCUUUAAUCCGUCUGUUAGUAAGGACAUGUUCUGGAUGCUCUUCAAUAUUGUCCCUGGCCUAGUCAGCUGUGAUUUAGUUGAGAUCACUACUGAAGGUGCCAUAGGCUGUGUGACAUACUCUAACCCUCAGUCUGCAGCUUAUGCCCUGGAACGGAUUAACGGGUUUGAAUAUCCAACUGGAUCUAGGAUACAGAUCAAGAUUGAUGAGUCUACUGGAUCUAUGUCUACUGGUAUGAGUAUGGGACCUGGAUCAGGGGUGGGAGGAAGUGUUGGAAGUAUGUCUGAGCACUCGAAUGGAAAUGCAAAUGUUCCAUCAGACAUCAAGAGUUUGAUCAACACUAUCCAGCAGGCAACUGAGACUCUAAAAUCAACUGGAUUUGGAAACCUAGUGGGAGGAGGGACACCAGGGGUAGGAGCGGGCAUGGGAGGAGGAGGAGGGGCUAGUAUGGGAGGAAUGAAUACUCUUGGAUACAAGAAUGGAUCUGUGGAUGCCCAAAAUGUGUGCUCUGCUAAACUACCUCCGAAGCAACCCGUUCUCCCAGCAAACACAAAGACAGAAGAGCGUCUGUUCUUUGUGAUGAGAGAAGCUAUGGAGCUCCCCGACCCGGCCAUUAUCACUGACACAUUCUGCAGAUUUGGAAAUCUCAUUGACGCGCAAUGCAUCCGCGGCAAGAAAUGCGGGUAUGCGCGUUAUGCGAAUAAGGAGAGUGCAACCCAUGCUAUUUCUGUUCUGAACGGAGAAGAUCUCCUGGGGUCAAGAAUCAAGGUUGAAGUUGCUGAUGAAGAUAGAAGACCAAAGCGGGCUAGGGUUGUGUGAAUUGAUGAACAGAAAACUUUUAAAAAUUUAGCAACGCUUGGGACACUUGAAAAUUAAAAAUUGAAAUGAAAAUGAGUUGAUCUUUUUUUGGAUUUUGAUUGGUGACAGGGUUAUUCCUAUUAUUGUAAAUUCUUAAGAGAACAAAAACAUUUGUCAACUUGAACAAACAACUAUUCAACUACGUCUCUAAAUAUGUACUUCUCACAACCAACUAAUUUACUCAUAACAUUUAUGUCAGAACUAAAACAAUAUACUUCUCUCACAUUUUUUAAAAUGAAUCAGUCGUUAAAACUGGUUGAUACACUAAACUGUUGUAUUUCUUGUAUGUACUUCGUAAAUGUAAAAUUGUCCGUCAGCAGUAAACUAAAUUUGUUCAAAACAUUUUUGUUAAUUAUUUUUCAGCAAAAAUUUCUGUUUUUGUCUCGAUUAUUAUUUUGCCCGUAGUAAAUAAUCUGUAAGGUUUUUUAUAAUAAAUUAUCAAUUUCA